CUAAUUCAAACGGUUAACUGAGAGGGACAAAAUGGUCAUAUUUUGAAUCCUCUUCCAAUGGCUUCUUCACUUCAAACCCCACCCUCCCUCACACACUCUCUCUACUAAGUUUUCCCAACACCUCCCUCUUCCUGACAGCUCUGCUCCCGUCCCCAUAUUGUUAGGCCUUUGUUUCCUCAAUUUUGAUUUUCCUCCUCCUUUUUUAAUUUAAGCAUUCAUUUCCACCGAAUUCCUCAUCGUCUUGCUUCAAUUUCGAGAUUUCAAGCAGAAUUCAGAGCUUGAAUUCUGUACCGUGUAUCACUAAUGGCUGGUUAUGUUGGCGUGUUAGUAUCAGAUCCAUGGCUGCAGAAUCAGUUCACUCAGGUGGAGCUUCGUACCUUGAAAUCUCAGUUUUCGACGAUCCGAAGAGAAAACGGAGGAGGUCUAAAGCUCGCCGACUUGCCUGCCAAAAUGUGCAAAUUGAAGCAUGUUGGAGAAAAUCUGACCGAGGAAGAAAGAGCUGCAUUUCUUCGAGAUUCUUACGAGAAUUUGGAUGACGACGUUGAUUUCGAAUUUUUCCUUCGGGUUUAUCUAAAGCUUCAAGCCCACGCCGCUGCGAGAAUGGGAAGUGGUGUAAAGACUUCAUCAGCUUUCCUCAAGUCUCCGACUUCUACCUUACUUCACACAAUCAGUGAAUCUGAGAAGGCAUCGUAUGUUGCACACAUUAAUAAUUAUCUAGCGGAGGAUCAAUUUCUCAACAAAUACCUUCCAAUUGAUCCUUCAACCAAUGACCUCUUUGAGAUUGCCAAAGAUGGAGUUCUUAUCUGUAAGCUCAUUAAUGUGGCAGUGCCAGGGACAAUCGAUGAGCGGGCGAUUAAUACUAAGAGAAUACUCAAUCCGUGGGAGAGAAAUGAGAACCAUACCCUUUGCCUCAACUCUGCCAAGGCAAUUGGGUGCACUGUAGUUAACAUUGGAAAUGAAGACUUCAUUGAAGGAAGGAGGCAUCUCGUGCUUGGAUUAAUAUCACAAAUCAUAAAGAUACAACUACUAGCUGAUCUCAAUUUAAAGAAAACACCACAACUGGUGGAGUUGGUUGAUGAUAGUAAGGAUGUGGAGGAGUUGAUGAGUCUGGCUCCAGAAAAGAUUCUGUUACGUUGGAUGAAUUUUCAGUUAAGGAAAGCAGGAUACCAAAAGAUAGUCACAAACUUCUCCUCCGAUGUAAAGGAUGCUGAGGCUUAUGCACACCUUUUGAAUGUUCUCGCUCCAGAGUACAGUAAUCCAUCCACAUUAGCUGCAAAAGAUUCUUUGGAAAGAGCCAAGCUUGUAUUGGAGCAUGCUGAUAGAAUGGGGUUGAAGAGAUACAUAACACCAAAGGAUAUCGUUGAAGGAUCUCCGAAUCUUAAUCUUGCAUUUGUGGCUCAUAUCUUUCAGCAUAGGAAUGGUCUCUCUACUCAAGCAAAAAAAAUAUCUUUUCUUGAAACUUCACCAGAUGAUACCCAAAUAUCCAGAGAGGAGAAAUCUUUUCGACUUUGGUUAAAUAGUCUGGGAAAUUCAGUCUAUAUAGAUAACAUUUUUGAAGAUUUAAGAAAUGGAUGGCUUCUUUUGGAGACGCUUGACAAGGUGUCUCCUGGAAUAGUGAACUGGAAAAUUGCUUCCAAACCUCCAAUCAAGAUGCCAUUCAGAAAAGUCGAAAAUUGCAACCAAGUUGUCAAGAUUGGGAAACAGUUGAAGUUUUCACUGGUGAAUAUUGCUGGAAACGAUAUUGUUCAAGGAAAUAAGAAACUGAUACUUGCUUAUCUGUGGCAGCUGAUGAGAUGUAACAUGCUUCAGCUUCUGAAGAACUUGAGAUUUCAUUCUCAUGGAAAAGAAAUCACAGAUGUUGACAUUUUAGAGUGGGCUAAUAUCCAAGUUAAGAAUUCGGGAAGCAACUGUCGUAUGGACAGUUUCAAGGAUAGGACCUUGUCAGAUGGCAUCUUUUUCCUUGAGUUGCUUAGUGCUGUACAACCCCGAGCUGUUAACUGGAGUCUUGUUACAAAAGGAGUAACUGGUAAGUGUUAGUUCUGAUUUCCUUUUAUUUUCCACAGGCUGAUUGUUUCCAUCUAUUAGGAAGAUAAAGAUCACCUUUAACCAGUUGGCAUCACUCUAAUUUGACAAGGAAUUCAUAAUUAGCUCUAAGCAAUGACUUCUUCUGGGGAGAUUUUUAAGUUGUGAGUAGCGAAUGAUACACACAUAGCUCUUAUUUUAGAUAGAAUCAAGUUUAAUGCCUAAAAUUAGUCUCUCCACAAGGGGGUUUCUGAUGCCUAUAAACUCUAGGAUAUCUGAUGUGUAUAAAUACUAGAAUAUAGAGCAUCUUAAAAUUAGUUUGUGUGUACACGUUGCAGCUUGUCAGACAAAAGUCCUUAACAUUUGAUUAUUGCUGAGCAUUAUUGUAUUGUUAUAUUGGAUAUCUGAUUUUUCUCAAGAACUUUUGCUGAUGCAAUGUUCUUACUUUCUGGACAUAGGGUGGUGAAAUUCUUGAAAUAGGUCUCUAAGAUAGUUAUAAAGCAGCCACUGAUAUAUACAGUUUUAUAUGUGAAAGUUGUUAAAUCUCAAUAUUGCUUAUGUUGAACCUCACCGAACUUCUAUUUGAACACUACAGAAGACGAGAAAAGGAUGAAUGCAACAUAUAUUAUUAGCAUUGCACGGAAACUUGGAUGCUCGAUAUUCUUACUCCCUGAAGACUUGAUAGAGGUAAUUUUGCAUUUUCUUGCCUUUUUCAUGUCAUGCCCUUUCAUUGCUAUGAUCCUACAUCAAGAAUGUUGGCAAGAACAUUAUAUUAAUUACUUCCUUCUACAAAGCAACAGAACUUUCUUUUUCAGCAGUCUCUGAUAAACAGGGGACUGGUUCUUCAGCUGGUCCUCAGUUGCACAUAGUUGCAUUUGCAUUAAACAUGACAUCAUCUCUUUCGGCUGCUGGUCAUGUGCAUCUAUACUAAUGAUGCAACAAUGAUAUGUACUUUUAGGUGAACCAGAAGAUGAUCUUGACGUUGACAGCGAGUAUUAUGUAUUGGUACUUGAAACAACCUUUAGAAGGAUCAUCUGAUACUGAAAGCCUUCUGGAUACUACCUCAAACUCAGCAACGGACGACACAGCUUCGUAUUCAUCUUCAGAUGAACACAGUAGUAGAUGACGUCAAUGAUUCUGAUAGAACUUUUACAAAAAGUUGCUUCUUUUCUUUCUCUUUUGAUUAUUGGAAUGAGAUUUUGAAAUUCAUGAUAAUGACCUUUGUAGGAAUCAUUGUAUUGAAUGCUAUUUGUCUAUAUAGCAAUUGCCCAUGUGAAUAGAAAGCAACAUGCAUUUGUAUUGAUAGAAAUGCUAAAGCUUGUUGUAGCUUGGACUAUUUGUACUCCAUAAAGGAAUAUAAGGAACUGGGAAGAGCCUUUUUCAUCAGUUAGAAGUUCUUAGAAUUUUAGAUUUGCU